UACUUGUUUCGGCACCGUCGGCUUCCUCGGUCACUGAAGCGAGCCAGCGAGGAGUGGGGCAUCGACUCACCUCCGGUGCUCGCUCCUCAGGGCGACAAGCGGCAGCUCGAGCGAGAGGUCGGAGGAGGGAAUGGCCGGCGGCGGAAGCGACAAGAUCGACUAUGUGUUCAAGGUGGUGCUGGUCGGCGACUCGGCGGUGGGGAAAUCGCAGAUCCUGGCGCGGUUCGCGCGGAACGAGUUCGCGCUAGACUCCAAGGCCACCAUCGGGGUGGAGUUCCAGACGCGGACCCUCGUCAUCCAACACAAGAGCGUCAAGACCCAGAUCUGGGACACUGCCGGCCAAGAGAGAUAUAGAGCCGUCACUAGCGCAUACUACAGAGGUGCAGUUGGGGCUUUGUUGGUCUAUGAUAUUACAAGGCGUCAAAGCUUUGAUCACAUUCCCCGGUGGCUCGAGGAGCUGCGUAGCCACUCUGACAGGAACGUCGUGAUCAUGUUAGUCGGCAACAAAAGUGAUCUCGAGGACCAGCGAGAUGUAACCAAGGACGAAGCCCUAGAAUUUGCUCAGAAGGAAAACCUCUUCUUCCUAGAAACAUCAGCACUCAAAGCAACCAACAUUGAGAAUGCCUUCCAAACAGUGCUCACAGAGAUCUUCAACAUUGUGAACAAGAAAAACUUAACUUCAGAGCCACACAACAGCAAUGGCAUGCCCGCGCUGCCCGGUAAGAAGAUCAUCCUACCUGGGCCAGCUCAGGAGAUACCGAAGAACAAGGCAUGCUGUACGAGUUCCUAAAUGUCGGAUGCCUCAUUCAUUCUUGACUAUAAAGUUGCCUGCUAGAUCCAUUUGGUUUAUCUUCUGAUGCCGAAGUGGAGGAUGUAUCAAUGCGAGAGAUAAAAUUCCACAUUUCUAGUAUCAAAAUAUUUUCCAUGUAUCGUACAACAUAAUCUCAUUCACAUGUUUGAAGUGAGAUACAAACAAGAGUCCUACACAUGUUGAAGCUCGAUCAACUAGGCUUAUUUGAUAGAUGAGAUGUUUCUUACGAGUCUUUAUCAAAACUUGUCUCAUCGAUAACUCGGUUGAUCCUGUUGAUCAAGUUUUAGUUUUCACGCAUCUAA